AUGAAUGGCGUGUGGAGACGUGUGGAUCACCAACAGCUUGUUACUUUUGCACUCUGUGCAUUGGAUGCUCUCGACAAGGCGCAUCACCUACACUUGGACACCAUGAGAUAUGACUAUUCAAGUGAGAAGGCGAAAAGUAUUAUCAUCCACUCACCCCCUCCUUCUCCACCACAAGAAUCCCCAGCCAAACGUCUUAAAAUUUUCAUUGACAAAGGUAAGACCGUUAUCAAUCUUGACCCAGAGCCUACCCCUCCUCCCAGCCCUUCUCCCGCUCCCGAGUUAAAAGAUGUUGAGGUUAUCGAGUCUUCCAUUAGGCCAACACCUCGCCACCUCCCACAGAUUCGAGCACCUCCUCCCGACGAAGCUGGACCCUCUAUCCGACGCCCUUCACCACCACCACCUGCUUCUCGAUCGCUCUCACCCACUAUCAUCUGA